AGGCAAUGUCCAACAAAAAUGUGUCUCCAUUCUGCGCAUAUGAAGAACAAUAACAGCAUUGAUACUUGACCUCUGAUAGUGGGGUAGCCGAACAACAGUCAUGGGGUUGUUAUGAAAACGGAUUUUGAAGUAGUGAAACCAUACAGCAAUACACACAUAAACAAAGAGAAUGUAUAUUUGAAAUUUCGGUCGAGAGGAACAUCACACAUAUAUAUACAGCAUGCACAAUAGGAUCGUUAUCGUUCUUUAGUGGAUUCAGACGACGCAAGAAAAUGAAGGAAAUCUCAUUAUGUGUCUUCCUUGCUAUAUCUGCACUGACAGAGAAUGUCCAUGCCAGGAAACACUCAGUCAGAUGUUUGGAUGAGAUUGAUUCUGAAGACAUGCAACCAAACAUAACGGAUGGAGGUUUGCCUUGCACCGCAGAACUAUGGUGUCCACCUCAGUGGAAUAGAACACAGAAAAUUCCACCGAAGCCACGAUUACAUAAGCUUCGUUAUUACACCUAUAAAAUUAAUGGUAAAAAUCAGCGCAAUAUUGGCCUGAGAAUCAAAUGGUCAAAUACAGCAUCGCAUUAUCAAAAUUACAUCAAAGGAUAUUCUUUGGCAAUGUUUAGCAUUAAUAUGAUGUAUGACUUUCGAAUAUGCUUCAAGACUACAAAUGUGAAAAGCCAAAUGGAAAGUAAUGAGAUUGAAUUUUUAUACUGGUACAAAUGUAAGGAUGAAGGGUGUGUUCAAAUUCUACCAGGAAAGACAUAUUUUCUUGAGUUAGCUCCAAAUCCUAUGAGUGUAUAUAAAGAAAAUGAGGACGGGAUGCAUGGCAGACGAAAAAUCACCAUACCAGGCUGUGAUAAUGAAAGAAUAAGAAAAUAUCAAGGAUGUCCUGGCAAUGAAAAAACCAGAAGGAAAAAGGCUAGACAGAACAAUAUUGAAAUGGCCUCUGAUGAAAGCACAAUUUUGACAGCUGUGCUAGAUCCAGAGACAAUAUAUUCAGGAGAUGGCGAAGAAGAUACUUUCAGUUAUACAACCACAAAAAAAAAGCACAAAGGUACAGACAUUAACAAAAGCUAUCAAGUUGUCACAUUGGUAUUGACCUUGAGUGCACUAGCAAUUUUCUUGAUGUUUAUAUUGUGGAUUGCAGUGAAGAGAUGCAAUUCAAAAACAGUACAAACAAAUCAGAAGGAAGUUCUUUUUCUUGAAAAGACAAACAACAUGAAUUCACUGCACUCACUGGCAUCACAGUGGCUUGUCUCAGAAAUCAAAUCACAAGGUCAUGUCAAAGUAACAUACAGCAAAUGGGAAAUGCUACAACUUGUAGAAAGUCCUAUGCUAUGGAUGAAUGAUAAAAUAGGAAAAGCUGAUAUCAUUGUUCUUCUUUUUGCUUCAACUGACACUCAGACAUUGCCUAAUCGUUCAGAGUCUUGAAUGAUAAACCAAGUUCAAGCAAGAAUAUGGAUAAUUGGCUAGAAAAAAAAUUCUAUGAAAUAUCCGCUGCAAAACAUCAAAAAAGAAAGUUCUAUCAGGCAUCGUUUUCUGACAACAACAACAUCUCUUACCAGACUGCAACAAUGAAAACAUAUUAUUUGAUGGAAGAUUUAAAAGAGUUCUAUACUGCUAUCUGUGGAGGUCAAGAAUAUUCCUUAAUCCUGGACAAGACCCAUAAAUUGUACAAGUUGAGUGAAACAAUAAAAAAAUCUCAAAAUCAUGUCAUCCACAAUGAAGAUAGCGGGAUACCCAACUUUACAGAUCUAAAAAAUGAAAGUAGCCUGAUACAAAAUAAUGGAAGUGGAGCAAGAAGAAAAACAAUUACAAUCAAAUGAAGAUGAAUCUUCGUAAUUUCAUAAACGGUUUUUCGUUCAAAUGAUCAUCUGAUUUAUUCAUAUAAGACUCUUGCUGCAUAAAAUAACCUGCUUAGUGUGUUGUUUAAUCUGCUUUUUUUCAAGUGUUAACCCAAAAGGUGUGCUGUGCAAUAAAUGCUGUGUGAAA